UCAAUCCAUUACUCGCUGAGUGAUCUACUCCAGUGCCUGAGGCAGUUCCUUUGGAGAUGUCCUGUCAGCAGAGCCAGCAACAGUGCCAGCCCCCUCCCAAAUGCAAGACCCCAAAGUGCCCUCCAACCUCUUCCUGCUGUAGCCUGGGUUCUGGGGGCUGCUGUGGUUCCAGCUCCGGGGGCUGCUGCAGCUCUGGAUGUGGUGGCUGCUGUCUGAGCCACCACAAGCCCCGAUUCUCUCUCCGUCGCCGACGUCACAGCUCUGGAUGCUGUAGCAGCGGUGGCAGCAGUUGCUGUGGCAGCAGCGGUGGCAGCAGUUGCUGUGGCAGCAGCGGUGGCAGCAGCGGUGGCAGCAGCGGUGGCAGCAGCGGUGGCAGCAGUUGCUGUGGCAGCAGCGGUGGCAGCAGCGGUGGCAGCAGUUGCUGUGGCAGCAGCAGCGGUGGCAGCAGUUGCUGUGGCAGCAGCAGUGGUGGCAGUAGCGGUGGCAGUAGCGGUGGCAGCAGCUGCUGUGGUAGCAGUGGGGGCAGCAGUGGUGGCAGCAGCAGUGGCAGCAACAGCCAUCAGCAGUCUGGGGGCUCUAGCUGCUGCUCUGGAGGUUGCUGCUGACCUGGCCACGAAGAACAUGGAAAGCAGCAUUGACUGAAGACCUGCAAGCCUAGGGUCUCCUCUUCUCUGGUUUUCCCGCAGAAGUACUUAGAACUCUCUGUACGUCCUCUUCAUCUCCCUAAAGCUCAUCUACCACGAGGUCUUCAGGUCCCAGCUCUGAGAUGCAUUGGCUUUGCUUUUUUUCUCUGACACAACUAAUUGAGAAUGAGAUAUUGAAAAAUUAGCUUUGAAAAAUCUUUUUCUGGGCAAUAAUAAAGCUUUUGAUUCCUGACA